UGCUUUUGAGGCAUUAUUACACCAGGCUGAGUUCAAAUUUGAGUAAAAUGUUUUGUAACCUGCAAUGAAGUUAAAAGUAUUAGUGAAUGAAAAAUAUUGAAGUUUCAUGACCAUUUAAUUGUUCGCUCAGAAAUACGUUACACUUGGCUGAUCCAAUCACGGAAGCCUUUGGGAAGCCGUUCUCGAUGUUGAUUGGCUGAAACGCCUGCCAGUGUUUACUCGGGGCGUCUCCACUUGCUGCAGCUGUCAGAUGGCAAACGGCUAAAACUGGAUCCUGGAAAACAAGCUAGACUGGUGAAUUGUGAAUUUCUGGUCGACUCUGGCCCCCUGAGAUAAAGUGACCAUCACCUGACCCACCUCAUCCCAUAGUCACCAUGGAAACGGCCAACAACUAUGUGCUGAUCCAUGGAAAGAACAUCUCGCAUAACACCCUGACCUAUGGUGCGGGGCCCCACAUGUCCUUAGACAAACUGUUGCCAGCUCUUCUUGAGUGCUUUGGCAUCAUACUCUGUGGUUAUGUAGCUGGCAGGGCUGAUAUCGUCACUGAGAGUCAGGCAAAGGGUUUAGGGAACUUUGUCUCCAAAUUUGCUCUUCCAGCUCUGCUUUUUAAAAACAUGGUGCUGUUGGAUUUUGGGAAUGUCAUUUGGGCGUUUCUCUGGAGCGUUCUUGUCGCAAAGGUUGUGGUGUUUGUGCUGGUUUGUGUGCUGACGCUGAUGGUGGCCAGCCCAGACAGUAGAUACAGCAAGGCUGGACUGUAUGCAAUAUUUGCUACUCAGAGUAACGACUUUGCUUUGGGAUACCCCAUAGUUGAUGCUUUGUAUCGAAGCACAUAUCCAGAAUACCUCCAGUACAUAUACCUGGUCGCUCCCGUUUCUCUCAUGCUUCUCAAUCCCAUCGGCUUUGCUCUUUGUGAGGUGCAAAGGUGGAGGCAGGCCAGCCAUCCUCAACGCAGCACUCUCAGCAUCCUGGGAGUUGUAGUCCUACAGGUUCUGAAGAACCCAGUAGUGUUCAUGGUGAUCGUGGGAAUCAUCUCUCACUUUGCACUGAGCAGCCAGAUUCCUGUUGUGCUAACGGAGUUUAUCGACGGUCUGGCCAACUCUUUCGGAGGAGCAGCGUUAUUUUACCUUGGCCUCACCAUGGUGGGUCAGCUUAGAAAGCUAACCAGAGACACUGGAGUCGCCUUGAUACUCCUCAUCACAGCCAAGCUCUUGGUGAUGCCGCUGGUCUGUAAAGACAUGGUGGAUAUUCUGGACAUCGGAGUAAACGGCACCAGCGCCAACCACACAAGUUUAUCCAACUUCGCUUUUCUCUAUGGAGUUUUCCCAACAGCGCCUAGUGUGGCUAUCUAUGCUGGACACUAUAACAUGGAGUUAGAAGUGGUAACAUCAGGAAUGGUGAUCAGCACGUUCCUCUCUGCACCGAUUAUGUACGUGUCAGCCUGGCUGCUGACCAUCCCACUAAUGGACCCUACCCCUCUCGUGACUGAGCUUGAAAAUGUUAGCUUCAACAUUAGCAUCAUCAGCCUCAUAGGACUGGUGUGGACCAUAGGAGUGAUGCUGCUCAGCAGGAAGUUUAACCAACUUCCUCACCUGUUUGUGUUGAAUCUGUUCCUGGCUCAGCUCUUGGUGUGUGCUAGUAUGAUCUUGUGGAACGUCUUGGGUAAACAAGAGGAUAAUCUCCUCAGUAAAAUCCUCACCUUCACAAUGCUGUACGGGUCUCUGUACAGUACGUACAUUUGGACGGGUUUGAUCCCUCUCUGUCUGGCUCUGACUAACAGAAAUGAUCUGCUCCGACUGCGACCGGGAGUCUUCAUGAUUUUGGGUUGGGGGGUUCCCUUCCUGAUGGUUGGAGGUCUUCUGAUAUCAGGAGAGAGGACAGACACCAUUGACUCCGCUUUCUUCUAUGGCAAAGCUCAGAUAAUCUGCUCAGCUGUGGUUCUUGCCGUCAGCCUGGCCCUCGGUGCCGUAUCCCUGAUGGGUCUCAGUCAGGGCGACCGGGAGCAGACGGGGUACCAGGCCCUGAGCCGAGCUGCUGUCCCAGACACCAGAGACGACCACAGUGCCCCCUGUGGCCCGGAGGAACGAGAGCAACAGCAGACUCGGACUGCAAAUUCCCCCACCUGCAGCAUCAACUCAGAUCUGCAGAGUUUUUCUCCUCUCCAGCCUCUACCUGACAUGAUCGCCAGCACACAGAGGGAGCACACCAACAGUACCGUCCACGGUGAGGCGCUGUUUGACGGACAGCAGAGAUCCUCCUCCUCAGAGCAGCCUCUGAAUCUGCCUCCUCCAGGCCUUCAGACCACUGAUGAUAAACAGAUUGUGAGACACGUUCUCCUCUGCCUGCUGCUCAUCGUCAGCCUGCUGGCAAAUCUGUCCAGCUGUCUGUGGUGGUUGUUCAACAAAGACCCAGGCCGACUGUACCUGGAACUGCAGUUUUUCUGUGCUGUGGCCAACUAUGGACAGGGGUUUCUGUCCUUUGGAAUCUUUGGUCUGGACAAACAUCUCAUCACCUUACCGUUCAUGAAGAGGUUGCUCAGCCAGUGGCAGGGCCGGGAGGGUGAGGAUCUGAGUCCUUCUGCUGUACCCGAGGAGGUCAGGCUCACCUGUACCCAGUUUGUCCGCUACCACAAAGACCAAUGUGUACAAGACAUCGUACACACACGCAGGUUUGUAGAAAGGAAAGUGGGGGAGAAUGGAGUUGGGCAUCUUGAGUACUUAAACACAAAUCAAGAUCUACAGAAGCAACAACGCAAUGAGUCCCAGAACCUGCAACCACCUCAUGAUCCACUCCCAUCCAGCCCAGAGCCUCAGGAUGAACUUCAUGCACAUAACACCCUGGAAGGAGAGGAUGACCAGACCUCCCUUCUAUACUCUACCCAAGCUCAGAGCCAGCCCCAGUCUAAUCUCAAAAGUGUGUUUCGAGGCAGCGAUUUGGUCGACUGGCUUGUGGAACGAGGUCUGUGUGUGGGACGGACCCAGGCCAAACUGUACGCCGUUCGCCUUCUGCAGGGAGGAGUGUUCCAUCAGCUUACAGGCCAGCACGACUUCAGGGAUGAGCCCACUGUGCUGUACCGCUUCUCACAGGACGAGAGAUGGUCCACGAACACAUGAGGAUGUGACGACAAGCUACGGGGCGUCAAAAUGGAAGCGAUUUAUGAUGCAGUGUUUCCAAAUGGUUACUAAAGAUUGACUGGAUUAGAGACCCAAAGAUCCAUCGCUGAUUUGCCUCUGAAAUCAGUUUUUAUUUUUUUGCAGUUUAAAAUGAUUUAAGCUGUUAUAGCAAAUCUGCAAACAAGCUAGGUUUUGAACGCAAACACGUUUAAAGAGCACUCACCUCUCCCUUCCCUGAGACGCUUCAGCCGUAACCGGAUACCAGCGAUGCCGGACAAAACGAGACGGUGCUAAACACCAGUCGCCGUUUUCUAGGUCCUUCGUCUUUGUUUGACUUUUAUUGUGUUUUUCUUUUUGGGACUUUUAGGCUAUUUUGUUCUUCCCUGGUUUGUUAUAACAGCUUUAAAUUGUACAUUUGAUUGCGUGUUUUUACAAACUCCUUUUGUCCAGUUUAGCAUCACUUUUGUGUCUAAACUAAGAAGGAGACUCCCUAAUAAGCUAUGUAUUUGGAGAAGGGACUAGAAAGCAAACCAAGGAUGUAGAAAUGUUUUAAAGGAAGCUUGUAAGAUCAAACACUGCCUGUAAAACCAUUUCAGGCUGUGGACCAGAUCUUGUUAACUUUCUACUCACGUGUUUUCUGUGCUCAUAAACAUGACUAAUUGCUCUGUGCAGGAAGAUUCAUGAUCGGGAUUUAAACUCCUUCUUGUGACACCACCCCUUGUGACACCACCCCUAACAUAAGUGUUGUUCUGCACGCUGUGUCUUUGAGCCACUAGGCUUCGUGCUAACUCCUUGCAUGAAUCAGCUGUUCAGAUUUCUGCACAGCGCUGAACCAUUUGCACUUAUUGAACAGAACAUUGAGUUAUGCAAAAACACUGGAUAUUUCAUGUUGUGAUGCUGCUGCAGAAGAUGCUCAUCUUUGCAGUUUAUAACUCGUUUCCUGUGAAUACGAAGCACUUCUGGUGAAUUUUUAUUUUUAUUCUACUAUAUGGAUGAACUUGUGAAGUCAGCUCAGAUGCCUUUCUCAUUUGUUGGUUGGAGGUUUUAGCUCCAAACCUGCUCUUUAGGUGAAACACAUAAUUGUUCUGCUGUAUGGCCCUAA